AUGACGAUCUGCGGCUGUGGGAGAAAGUCGAAUGAAGACCACCCUUCCCAUGCGCACGAAGGUGCCCUUCCACCUGCCCGGACUCCUCGAGGCCGCAGUAGAAGGCAAUCAUCAACAGCAGCAACCUGCACUCCAGGCCGAGACAGCGUUGCACUGCCAGACCUCUACGCACAGCGCGACGACGAUGGAAAUAUCGUACAAACACCUCGUCGAACCCGCACCCACGGCAGCACGCCUACGACUAGCCCGAGAACUGCCCGAUCUGCCCGCCGCUCCCGGACUCGCUCAGGCCCACCGCAACCGUCGACUCAGCCCUUGCGACCGUCUCAGUCCGAAAUCAACGACUGGGCGGCCCAGCCAGGCGUCGCCAGCACCAACAUGCCCUUGCCGCGCGAGCGAACCAAUGCCCAACUCGAGGACGCGCGGCGGCAGCAGCUUCUGGAGCGAGACGCGCGAGAUCACCGCGCGCGGGAGCAGGCGCGGAGGGAGAAGCGGGAGCGGAGCUGGCAGAGGCUUUCUGCGCAGGGGUUGAAUUUCGGGUCUGGCGAGGGGCAGGGUCCAGCGGACUCUGAAGAGGGGAUUGGGCCCGCGCUGCCGAGGACGCAGGAGGAUGAUGAUUUGAUCACGCGGCUGCCUUCUUGGAGCCGCGGGGAUGACUCGCACGCCUGGCAAGAACAGAUAGCUCCGUCGUUUAACGCAGAUGUUCUUGCUGACACGUUUCCAGAGUUCGGACGCGGCCUGGUGCGGUUCGCCAGGAACGCGGUGGCGCUUCCUCCGGUCGAAGGGCCUGGGCCUAGGACUGGUGAUCCGCCUCAACGAGCUACCCAGCGGUCCAGUAAGUUACGGGAAAGUCGGCCCUCUCUCGUGCGAAGGAACGCGACUUGGCCAGCUCCCAUCGAAGAGCAGAUCCGACACUCCCUGCAAGUUGCACGACGGACCUCCGUCAGAGAGCCGAGCCCUACUCCUGCCUUUCCGCCGAUUUCAGCUGCCCUGAAGCCCACAGCCACGAUUGACGAGCAGAUCGGAUGUUCUCUGCAACAAGCUGCUGCAUCCAGGUCUACGAGAACACUUCCUGAAGGUGAGCGGGAUAAGCGGUAG